AUGCUGGCGGAUUCGCUGAAAUUUGCUGAUUUAUGUGUUCUGUUAGCGAAAUUACGCGAGGCAAAGGGAGCUACUGCUUCGGUAACGCGAAAGAAGCACUUUGAAAAGUUUGUCGCGACUUGCGCAGACAAAUGUGGUGAAGGAGAGGAUGUUGAGCUGGGUUUUCACCCGGUCCUGCGCCUCCUGCUUACCACGAAGGACACAAGGAGUUUAAAUAUCAAAGAAAAAAAAUUGGUUGACCGAGUCUGUAAAGCUUUGGCUCUUAAGCCCGCUGAUAUUCCUAAAGCGAAAGUCCAGAAUGCUACAAAAGUUUGUGAGGUUCUGGCUUCCGAAGUUUCGUCUCGAAUCGCACCAGAAGAUUUUGAACAUCUAUCGGUUGCAGAGAUAAACAAGAGAUUAGAUAACAUGAGCGAAAGUUCAGAUACCGCAAAUCUUCAGUACCUCUUCAAGAACUGUUCUCAAGACGAGCUCUUUUGGAUUUUCAACAUAAUGAUCAAAAAUGUUGAGUCUACGAUCGGUGUGGCAACCAACAUCAUUUUGUCAUGGCUAGGCCCACAAGCUGUGAGCCGAUGGAACGCUGCUCGAGAUUUGGCAGAAGUUGUAGCCCCGACUGCCCAGGAUGAUGAGUCACUUCUUGGAGCCAAUUUUCGUCCCAUGCUGCUAGCACGGCUUCCCAAGGAGGGUUGGUGGGAAGUGAUCAAAGAGAACUGUGGAGACGAGUUCUUUGUUGAAACUAAAUACGAUGGAGAACACGUGCUUUUACACAAAAUUGAUAAGGAUAAGUAUAAAUGGUAUACCAGAAAUGGGAAGGACUUCACAAAGGAUUACGGAGGCUCGUCAAAACUGACCGAUUUGGUAUCCGGUCGAAUUCACCCUUUUUUUCGAUCGACUGUUACUGACUGCAUCCUCGAUUGUGAAUUGAUGCUGUGGGAUAAGAAGUUGAAAAAACUAGGUGAGUGUUUUUUUCUUCUGAGGAAGGACUUGCGCAAAUAUUAAGU